AUAUUUACUUCCGAUGUUGCAAUCCUUAUUGACGUGGAGGAAAUGACAGUAUUAAAUAUAGAAGCAUUUAAACAUGUAGAGAUAUACUGAUAUACUGGUCAUUCAUGUAAAACAAAAUGGGAAAUUUGGCUGGUAUAUUUUGCCGACGUGAAAAAGUGCGGAUUUUGAUGCUUGGUCUGGAUGCUGCUGGAAAAACUAGCAUUCUUUACUAUUACCAUCUUGGAGAAGUUGUCACAACUAUUCCUACCAUAGGAUUUAAUGUGGAGACAGUGAAAUUUAAAAAUCUUGACUUGACAGUAUGGGAUGUAGGCACUCGAGAUAAAAUUAGACCACUCUGGAGGCAUUAUUACCAGAACACCCAGGCUUUAGUGUUUGUCGUCGACAGUGUCGACAGUGACAGAAUCUUAGAAGUGAAAGAAGAACUACAUAGAAUUUUGUCUGAAGAUGAACUGAAAGAUGUUCCUAUUGCUCUGGCUUUGAAUAAGAGAGAUCUUCCCAAUUGUAUGACAAAAGAAGAGAUAAUGGAAAAAUUAGAGAUAAAGAAAAUCCAGAAAGAUAGACCUUGUGAAGCUUUUCUGACAACAAUCAGACCCACAGACAAAGUGGAAACAGAGUUCGAUAAAUUAAUGGAAUGGAUAACUAAUAAUACUGUCAAACGACGAAAUGAGCUUUCAUUAACAAAUCCAAAAGUUGAUCGGUUUUCUACCUACGUAUGGCAACCAAUAAUGAAAAUGAAAAGCAUGAUGUUUGAAUGACAAUAUACAUUUUUAUUUCGGACACUACUUGUGAUCACUUUGUCGGUUUGAUGCAGAAAAAAAUAUGGGGUUGUACACAAUAUGAUAUGAUCACUAACUUUGCUUUUAGGAUGACUCGAUAAAUCAUUCAUAAAAUAUAAAUCACAAUACAAUCUAUUUAUUUAUUUUAAUUUUAUAAGCAUUAUUGUGAUAAUUCUUAAGGUAAAAUGAGUUAUUAGGAAACGUCAUUUUCAAAGCAUUAUGCUAUAUUUAAGAAAAUACCCUGCCUAAAUUCCAACAGUAAUGUAAUUUUUGUUACUAACAUAUUUGUUAUUUGAGGACCCCAUUGGAAAUAAGCUAUUUAAAAGGCUUUUGUG